AUGGGGGGCAUCAAGCUCUGCCUUCUGCUGCUGCUGGGCACCUACACGUUAGCCCAGCAAGAUGUGGGGAGCAUUGAGGAACAAUCACCAAUGUGCUUUUUGGCCAAAAGGUUCAAGAACUUCAAGAGAUAUGUGUACGACUAUGAAGCUGAGACCUUUAACGGAGUGACUGGAGCAACUGAUUACAAAAGUGGACCCAAAGUCUCCUGCAAGGUUGAGAUCGAUGUGCCUCAGACCUGUAGCUUCAUCCUCCGCACAACAGAGUGCUCUCUGAGUGAGAUUAUUGAUACUGAUGACCAGGGGAACGCAAACUAUCGCCAAAUUUCCCAGUCUUCAGCUUUCAAAGCUGCCAUGGAAAAGAACACCUUGAAGUUCAUGGUUGCAGGACAGACAGAUGUCACACUCUUCCCUGAGGACGAUGAACCUACUGACAUCCUGAACAUCAAGAGGGGAAUCAUCUCGACCCUCAUGGUGCCUGUAAUGGAAGAGGAGAAGAACGAAGAAAUGGCCACCGUGCAUGGAGUCUGUGAAACUGAGUUCAUUGUCAAUGCCAGGGAAGAUAUUGCCACUGAUGUGAGUGUUACCCGGGACCUUUCCAGAUGUGACAGCUUCAUCGCCCACAGGGAGCACACCAGUCCCCUGGCCCUCAUCUCUGGCAUGCAAUACCCUCUGUCCAAGCUGAUUAGCAGCACCCAGACGUGCAACUACAUUUUUGACAAACAGAAGAAGCACAUGACCAGUGGAACCUGCAAAGAGAAACACAUCUUCCUGCCUUUCUCUCAAGAGAAUGAGUAUGGAAUUUCCUCUGUGGUGAAACAGAGAGUGACUCUGGUGCAGAGCAGCAAGAUCAACGAUAGAGUCUUUGACCACAAUGAGGCCAACCUCAAGUUCUUGCCCAUGGAGGCUGUUGAGGACAAGUCCCCUGUUCAGACCAAGGAUGCUGCAAUUGCCACAAUGAAGAAGCUGAUUGUCCAGGCAAGGGCCACUGGAGGCCAUCAGCGUGCCACCCUUUUCCAGCAGCUGGUGCAUGAGCUGCGUGGCUUGAAGGUUGAUGUCCUGAAAUCCACUGCUGUUGAGAUGAUGGACAUGUCUGAAGCUGUGACGUUCCAAGCUCUACUUCAGUGCGGUACCCCAGAAUGCAGCAGUGCCACUCUCCAUGUCCUCACGACCUUUGACAAAGCAGCUCUUGAGGUCGAUGCCACCGUCUACGCCCUGGGACUGAUGCCUAACCCUUCACGCCUCUUGGUCAAGGAUAUGUUGGCGAUGGCUCAGUACAAGCAGAGCAAACCCAUCAUGUUUGCCUUGAGCAAUGUUGUCAGGAAGCUGUACCAGGCUGAGGGCCAAGUCACCCCUGAGAUCACCGCUGUGUCUCAGUUCAUGGUUUCCAUUCUGGGUGAGGACUGCGCUGGGGAAAAGGAGCUGACCUACAUGGCCCUAAGGGUUGUUGGAAACAUGGGAGAGGCAAUGGAGGCUGCAGAUCCUACUAUAAAGACCAUCUUGCUGAAGUGCAUGAGACAGCCUAUAACCACUCUGUCUGUCCAGCUGGCUUCUAUUCAGGCUUUCAGACGCAUGACUAUAACUGAUGAGGUUCGCUCUAACCUUCAGAGGGUCAGUCAGUAUGCCAAGGGUGCGGUGCAGAAGCGCCUGGCAGCCUACCUGACUCUGAUGAGGAAGCCCGAGGCCAGUGACUUUGAGAUGGUGAAGAAGUUGCUUAAGCAGGAGCAGAAUAUGCAGGUCAAGGCCUUUGUUACCUCCCACAUCCACAACAUCAUCUCCUCCACCGACCCUGAGACCCAAAAACUGGCUAGUAGGAUGAUGGAAGUCCUGCAGACCAGUGAUGUUGACACUCACGCUGACUACACCACAAUGUCCCGUAACUACAAACUGGGAAUGGCACAGGAUGGCAUGAUGGCCGACAUGCAGGGCAACAUCAUCUUUGAUCCCAGCAGCCACUUGCCCAGGGAGGUCAUGUUGGAAACUACCUUGAAAGUCUUUGGCUACAACAUGGAUAUGUGGGAGGUUGGUGUAGAAGGAAAGGGCUUUGAGCCGACCAUUGAGGCUCUGUUUGGAAAGAACGGGUUCUUCCCUGACACCGUGUCCAAGGCUCUGUACUGGGCAGAGGACAAGAUGCCAAGCAAGAUCAAUGAAGUUCUGGAGAAAUGGACUGCUCCUUUUAAAUCAAACGGACAGAGGGUGCCUGAUGACCUUGUGAGGGAAAUUGUUCGUAACUUCAACAAGCUGGUCAAGGAUCUGCAGAGUCAAGAUUCCACAGAGGCUAUGGCCUACCUUAAGAUCAUGGGAGCUGAGCUUGGGUACAUCAAGAGCAGCGACCUUAGGUUCAUCGCCAACAAUGCAUUAAUGUAUGCAGACAUUUUGCUGAUGACUAUCCCUAAACAGGUACUGCAGUUCGCCUUCAUGAAAAUGAUAUCCGGCACUGACAAUGAGCUCUUUGCCCAUUACAUCUUCAUGGAUAACAAAUUCACCUUGCCAACAGCCUCUGGCCUCCCUCUGCGGUUUGCGUUAUCUGGUACCUUUGCUCCUGGGGCAAAGGGAGGCCUUCGUAUGACGCCAAAUAUGGAAAUGUCCUUCAUGCCCUCUGUUGGAAUUGAGUUUUUGACUCAGAUGGGAGUCUUUGUACCUGACAUUUUCAAGUCCAAUGUUGAAAUGCACACCAACAUGUACCAUGAGAGCAGUCUCAAUGCCAAGAUCACCAUGGGGAGGGACCAGGUCAAACUGUCCAUCCCUGCCCCACAGGGCACCACAAAGCUCUUCAGACUCAGCAAUACACUGAAGAUUGUGGAUUCUAAUGGAUUCAAGACGUUCGAACACACAAGCGGCUCUUCAAGGUGCAGCCGUCUCUUCCCCGGAGUCAAGUACUGCACGAACAUGCUUUCCACUGAAGCUGGCGUUGACACACCUUCCUCUCCCAUCAAUGGAGAUACUAUGUUUGGCAUAGACCUACAGCCCACUGGAGGUGUCACAGAGUAUACAGCCACCUUUGCUUACGAUGCCCUCAGUGAGGGUGAGGACGAGAUGGUUGAUUCUCUUAAGAUGACCUUAAGAGCUGAAGGUUCUGAGUCAACUGAGGCCACAGUCACCAUGAAAUACAAUCGCAACAGGAAUGUCUUCACCUCCCAAAUUGAGAUCCCUGACUUUGAUGUGGAGGCUGGCAUCCAGGUGGGCGUGGCCAACAGCAGAGCGAGUGGCAAAUCUAUUACCCUUGAGAUCUCCAACAAGAACAUCCCUCAACUGUCUCUGAUAGGCCGUGCCAAGGUUCAUGCCAUGACUGAUGGCAUGCUGCAGGUUCAGCUGGUAGUCCCUUCACUCAAGACUGACGCUGCUGUCACUGCUACUGUGCAGAAUGCUGAGGGACUCACCUUGGAAAUCAAGAGUGAUGUCAAGCUCCCAGAGACCUCCUCUGUUCAGGCAGUCAUCUUCAAAUAUGGCAAGGACCAGGCAGAGGUUCAGCUGAUGUCUAACAUGAAUGCUGACACCAAGAUCCUCAUGUCUUCCACUGAAGCCCUCCGCGCCUGGCUCAGCCAGUUUGCAGAGGAUGUCAUGGACCAGCAGGUGGUCAAAACAGACAUGAAAGUGCGCCACAUCAUCACCAAGGCUUUUGAGGCUGGCAAUAUCUGGAUCGACAAAAUCACAGAUGAUGUUCCCUAUAUUCAGACUCUGAGAGACAGUGUGGCAGAGAUGGAAAUUCCUUCCAUGCCUGACAACCUGUUCAUGAACCUUGACAGCACUUUCAAAUACCAGUUCAACAAGGACCAUAUGACCAUCAGUGUCCCUCUGCUUCUUGGAGGCAAGUCAUCUGAGGACCUAAGGAUUCCUCCAAUGUUCAACACUCCACACAUAUUGGUGCCUCAGGUGGGCCUGGAGGUUACCCCCAGGAAGAUCCAGGUCCCUACCUUCACCAUCCCAUCUGAAUAUGAUCUCACCCUGCCACUAAUGGGCAUGGUGGAAAUGUCUGCCAAGGUCAAGAGUAACUACUAUAACUGGGAGGGAAUGGUCUCUGCUGGCAACAACACUGUUGAGUCUCCUAGCUUCUCAGCCAGCUUCAAAAUCAUGGCUGACAGUCCCAUCGAGCUUCUUUCUUUCACAUCUGACGGAGCUGCAGUGAUUAGUGACACACCAGAGGAAACUCUGAGGUUCACUAUUGAUGGUUCCCUAAAGCACAAGCUCAUGGACGCAACUAUUGCAGUGCUAGAAACCGUUGCGAUUUCAGACAAAGUAUUGUCAACUGGAAGCUACAAGUUCCAGACCUUCAGCCCUCUGGGUCUACAGUCAGCCCUGGAUGUCACUUCCCAGUGCUCACUUGCCCCAGAAAUGUUCACUGGAGAUGCCAACAUGGACGGAAGUCUGUCUGUCGGAUCCAUGUCUGCCAGCACCACCUAUUCCCAGUCCUUCUCUGUUGAGCCAAUGAACAAAGAAGCAAGAAUUGACUCCACAUUUAGGGUGAAAUCUGCAAUGCUGAAUGUUGUUAACAAGGCCAAGGCAUCAUAUGCAAAUGAGCAACUUAUGAUCGAGUCUAACACCAACAUGAACAGUGACCCAGUCAAACACACCACCAAAUUUAGCAUGGGCUACAAAGAUUCCCAGUUUACAAUCCAGUCUGACUCUGUAACCAAGGCCAAUGAGAAGAUGCUUCGUAACCAGGUAGAACUUGCUGCCUCUACAGCACAGGCUAGCGUUAGGAUAGAGAAUCAGGCUGGUGACACCGAAAACAGAGCCUACUCUUUGUUCUCUGGGUCCAUGAGCCCCUCUGGUGUGGAGCUCAAUGCUGAUGCCUCUAUUAACAUCUUGGCAAGCCGUGCUUCUCACAAGGCAACCCUGACUCUGAACACGAAUGGACUGACCACCAGCUGUACUACAACUGCACAGAGCAGCCCAGUGACCUUUGAGAAUGUUUUCCAUGGUGGGGUUGAAACCUCUGGUGCCACUAUGUCUCUCACCACCAAGGGAACCAUUACAGAGAACAAAGCUGAGCUCAAUGUUGAGGGGAAGAUUGGAAGCUCAGAGGUCUAUCUCAACAGCAUGUUCAAGGGCAACCUCUUUGACGCUAAUACCAGGAAUAGGGUAAACUUCAGAGUAAAUGAAGAUGGUUUGACCCUCUCCAACAACCUGGUUGGAUCUCUUAACGACAUGAAGACAGACAGUACACACUCCGUGUCUCUUACUCUUAAAUCUCUUGCCAUCCGCUCCAAGACUGACAACUUCCUGAACAACAAGAACUCCUACAACCAUGAUAUCACAAUUGAUGUGGAGCGUUUUAUUACCUCAGUCAUGGUGAAAAAUGACCUGAAGAUCAUGGAUGUCAAUUUUGUGAAUGAUGCCCAUUUCAAGGCAGAGCCCUUCAAGAUGGAGAUGACUGGGUCAAUAAUGGGAGUGUUGUCAGAGGAAGAGCUCAAACACACCUAUGAAGUCAAAUUUGUUGACAUGAUUCUCUCUGCAAAAUGCAACACCAAUGGCAAACUCCUAGGAUCUCAGGUGGCACAAACCACUGACAUGGAGGUUGCUGCUCUGAGCAUGAAGUUCAACAAUGUUGCUAAAUUUAACUCACCAUAUCUUCGCUUUGACAGCAAUGUCAAAACUGCUGCUGCCCCCUUCUCUCUAGACAUUGAUGCCAUCUUGAACUCAAAUGGUGAAGUGUAUCUGUAUGGACAACAGAGCGGUGAACUAUACAGCAAAUUCCUUCUGAAGGCAGAGCCAAUGCAGUUCACGCAGUCAUUCGAGUACAGAGCCUCAACCGCUCAUGAACUAGAAAAUGGAGCCUCCAUCAAAACCAGUAUGGACAACAAGUUUGAUAGCAUGAUGAGCCUCCAAGAGCAGAGUGUCACACUGAAGAUGGCAUCCAAACUAAACAACCAUGCUCUUGAUCAAGAAGUGACAGCCUAUAAUAAUGCAGAGAGAAUGGCAGUAGAGAUGAAGGGAGCUGUCGCCACCAACCUCUUCAGCAAAGCCAGCGAGAACCAAGACUACUCCAUCUCUGGAUUUGUAAAGUAUGACAAGAACAGUGACAGCCACUUCAUCCAGAUCCCUUUCAUUGAGCAUCUGCCUACAGUCAUAGAAGAAAUGAAGACUAUUAUUAUGAGGCUGAUGGACCACAGCAUUGACAUGCUGAAAGAUUUUGAUACCAACUAUGAAAUCAGUGCUAAAGUUCAGGAGAAAGUGUCAGAGCUGAAAGAGGUUAUUGACAACUUUGAUUUCAGGAUGUUUGUCCAAGACAUGAAGAACUUUGUCAGCUCAAUGGAGAAUCACAUCACCAACCUGAUGGCCAAAUUUCCCUCUGAGAAAAUCAUUAAUGCACUGAGAUCAGUCAUGGACAGUAUCAUGGCAUGGAUGAAAAAGCAUAAUAUUAUGAACAAAAUCAAUGUGAUUUAUGCCAAAAUAGAAGAGAUUCUGUCCAGCUAUGAAGUUGAAAAGAUGAUUGAGACUAUCAUGGAUGAGGCUGUUAAAAUUAUGAAGCAGUACCAGGUCAGGGAGAAGAUUCAGUCUGCAUUUGCUGCUCUCAAGUCAGUUGACAUCCAGCCUUUGCUCAACAGUAUCAUGGCACCUGUAAAGGAGUUUGUGAAUCAACUGUAUGCCUUUGACUUCAAGCAAAUGAUUGAUGACAUAAGCAUCUAUUUCAUCAGAAUGGUCCAAAAAAUCAAAUCCUUUGACUAUGAAACAUUUGCCAUGGAGCUGAAAGACAAAGUCACAGAAAUGAGCAAGAUUCCCUGUUUUGGAAAGCUUUAUGGUGAGUUCAGAGUCAUCUCACCCGAAUACAGCCUCAGGACCACUGCUGAGCUGCAGAACACCACAACUACACCAAAUACGCCAGAGUUCACUAUGAACCUCAACUCACAGGCCACAUCUCCUUAUGCAGUCCUUCCCUACACUUUGGAUGCCAGCGCUCAUCUAUCUGUGCCCAAGAUGAACCGCCUGUCUUUCUCUGAGAACAUCAAGGCUGUGCACACAUUUUUCACACUCGACCACCAGGGAAUGAUAACUCUCUAUGGCUUGUCAGCUCAGGCUUCUGCUAAAACUACUGCCAAGGCCACAACUAAGAGCUAUACAGGGGAGCUUGUCAGUAAUGCAUCCUUUAUCAUGGAAAAUGGACUUUCUGCCAAUGUGGAAACUAAUUAUAAACAUGACAUUAACAUGCCAUCCGUAGAGCUCUUCAGUGAAGCAUCCAUCAACCAAAAGGCUGUUUUCAUAGUUGAAGCAGGCACUGCUCGUCUGACCAUUAACAAUGUAGGCAAGGGAAAAUAUGCAGUUCUGGACUACUCAGAUGAGGCAACCCACAAUAGUGAUGUAGACGUUGUUAUGGAUCUCCACACAGUCAAAGUUACUUUUACUGGACAAACAGCUGGCAGUCGCUUAAAAAUGAAUCAGAAUCUGAAUGCUGAUAUCUGCAUUUUCCGCCAUGUUAUCAUUGAUGCCAAGGCUGAAACAGAAGCACCUUUCAUUCGUACAAGUGUUGCAGAGCUAAAAGUCCAGGCUAAGGUUGAAGACCUGAAAGUUGAUUUUACUGCCUCACACAAUGCAGAGCUGGUUGGACAAAUUGAGGGAACCCUCUCAAACUCUGUUGCUGCUUUGAUCACACCAAAUGAGCUUAUGUUUGAUGCCAAGAACAAGGGAAACACCAAGGUUGCCCUUCCAUUCAAGGUGACUGGAAAGGUCGAUCUCCAGAAUGACAUUGCUCUUACCUUGAACUCUGAGGUACAGCAAGCUAGCUGGACAGGCCUUGCUAGAUUCAACCAGCACAAAUACUCCCAUUACUUCACCAUGGAUAAUGGUGAAAAACAAAUUAACAUCUUUGCCCAGAUUGAUGGAGAAGCCAAUCUUGAUGUGCUGAGAGAGCCUAUCACCAUUCCUGAAAUGACAGUGCCAUUCCUUGGUUUGAGGACACCAAAAGUGGAACGCUACUCACUGUGGGAAGACACUGGCCUGAGCAUCCUCCUGACCACCACUCAGCAGACCUUUGAUAUGGACAUCAAGCUGAAGUACAUGAAGAACCCUGAGAUGAUCACCAUCGACAUUGAUAUGGAACCAAUCAUUAAUGCCAUUAAUAAAAAUGCCAGGAUUCUGCACAAGAACAUGCUCAUUGGCAAGGAUAAGGCUGUGGCCAUCCUCACUACAUCUUAUGACAAAGCAAAGUCAGAGUAUGAAAAAUACAGCAUUGACCUGCCCAAAACCAUUACUGUACCUGCAUACAAAGUCCCAGUGAUAAAUGUUGACGUGUCUUCUUUCACCAUUCCCCUGCCUGACUUCAGUCUCAUCAAAACACCUGCUCUGCAUGUUCCAUCUGCCCUUAGCAAGAUGACUUUCCCAAAAAUCACUCUGCCUAAAAAGAGCAUCAUGAUCCCUGCCAUGGGUGAUAUGAGCUAUGAGUUUUCCAUGAAGACCGCUGUGAUCACACUCAAAACUGAGGCUAGUGUCAUCAACCAGGGCGAUAUCAUCAUGAAUCUCCAUGGUUCCUCAUCCUCUGAGUUUCAGGUUCUGGCUGGUGACAUUGAGGGCACCACCACCAUCAACACAGCUAAUGGAAUGAAAAUGGCCUCUGUCAUGUCUGUGAAACAUACAAUGGUGGAGGGAAACCAUGACAGCACUAUCAAGAUCAGUGCUGAAGCUAUGGAAGCUUCUAUUGCCAAUUCAAUGAAGGUCAAUUCACCUGUCAUGCUAGAAAUAAACCAGGAGAUGUUUGCAAAUCCAGAGGAAGGUCUUAUCCUCUCUGUGGCCUCUCCAUCUUCAGGGAUCCUUUCACUUCAGGUGCAGACUAAGCUCCCAGCCCAAAUGAAAGGAAGACUCUAUGGUCGCUACCCGUCCCAGCCCACAAAAGAUGUUGAUAUCUUGGCUGUGAAGAUGGCUGUAGUGAACUCUGAGAAGCUGAGCCUUCAGACAACUUGGAACACAGAGAUGCCCUAUGAAAUGAUGCUCGGUUUGAAGAAGAAUGUGCCAACAGUCAUGGAGAUGGUGUCCAGACCUAUUCGCAUGACAUACAAUGAAGUCACCAGACUUGCUAGAAACCUUGAGGGUUCAUUUGAGCAGGCUAAACAGCAAGGUAAAGUCAUGUUUAAGAGGGCUGCUGAUAACCUGGCAUCAUUAAACCUUUCUGAAAUGACCACCAGUGUAGCAGACAGCACCAUGUUGAUCCUCAGAGAGUACCAAAAGAACAUUCAAAUUCUUCUCGAUGCUGCAAUUAAAUUCUUGAGAGAGACCAAGUUCCAGAUUCCUGGAUAUGACCAGAAACUGUCUGGGCUUGAAGUGUACCAGAAAUUUAGCGCUUUUGUUGCUGAUGUAUCUGAGGAGGCUAUCCAGAAGAUUCCAGAGCUCUUUGCCACCCAGUUUGAAGCAAUUCUUGAUCAUUUCAGGUCCAUUGAAUUCACUGUCAUUGGCACUAAUCACAUUUUCAGUGGACGAGAAUUUAUAGAAGACUUGAUGGUAGUAUUCAAAAAACUGCAGGGCCAAGUGAUUGUCACUGUGAAGAAAUUGGGUGCUAUCCAGCUGGAAGAUAUCAUUAGGAAGUUGUCUGACCUCAUGCAUUUUACCAUUGACAAAAGUGAGGAACUUUUCAACUCCCUAAAAUCUCAGGAUGUAGAGAAAAUCUCCACUUGGGUAAAUGAUGUGUACACUGAUGCCAUCAACUCACGUAUCAUGGCUGAUAUCACCAAACAAAUUGAAGAGACCUACAGAGAUGUUAUGGAAUAUGUCACUGUUAUGAGAGCCAAUCUCCAACAAAUUUUUGCUGAAAUGUCUAUGGAACAGCUUCAAGCUGACAUCCAGGCCUGGAUUAACUCCUUGGUCAAAAAAUUGAAUGCUUUCUACAAUAAUGCCAUUGAGCUCCUUAAAGAGAAAAGCGCUACUUUUAAGCCUUUUGUGAGAGUAAGUGACAGACAGAUGGAUGUUGAGAUCCCUUUUCCAUUCAUUCCAAAAUCCAACUAA